AAGCAAAGAGGUGCACAGAGAGGAGGCUCAGGGCUGUGUCUGGUCCGGCCUUUCGGGUGGGAGCAAAUGGGCAAGGGCUGGGUUCUCUGAGUGACGGCUGCAACCUCUCGGGGGAAGGAUGCUCCAGGGGCUCGCCUGCCUCGCCUUCGGCCUUGCAUGGCUGCUCCUGCGCCCGAGCUUGGCGUCCCCGUGCCUGGAGCAGUGCAGAUGUUACAUGAACACCUUGCUCUGCCUGGAGCCAAACAGCAUCCAGAGCCUGUCACAACUGCGGAGCUUGGAGAACUUCACUGAAGUAGUCAUUGAAAACCAGUCGAGCUUGACCAACUUGACCCAGGAUGACAUCAAGAACCCGCGGGAGCUGAAGAACCUGACCAUCUCUAGGACGCAGCUGCAGUCCAUUGCACCCGAUGCCUUCCAGACCAGCUCGAACCUGAUCUACCUGUGAGUCAGAACGGCCACCUCAAGCAGACCCCAACUUCACGUUGUCGCUUCUUGUCUUUGGCGUGGGGGGCAGGGGGCAGAAAGGCACCUCCGUGGCGACACCCUCCCCAGCCUCAGUCCACCAUCUGCAAAAUGGG